CUUGGGUAAUGUGUCUGGGGAUUACUGCUGUAUAUUCAGGGUUUUAUGCUACAAAUUUACAAGAGCUCAGACUUCAAAUAAUGUUAAAAGGAAACAAAGACUUUUGUACUUAAAUGAUUUCCAACAGCCACCAGAAAUCAUCACCUAACCUGUACAAGGUAAAAUAUUUCAGUUACUCAUUAUAACAAUGUUGGUAUAUAUUUCUUGUAAGAGAAAGAUGUCAGAGACAUUGUGCUAAAUCCAGUAUGACAUUCUCUGUAAAUAAUUUAGUUUUUCUCACUUGCUCUUCUUUCUAUUUUAUUACUUCAGGCAGUAUUCUGCUAUUUUGUGGACAGCAGUUUCAAAGCCUGUUAGCUCUUUUCAGCUGUUGAACUUUAGAGAAGCAGCCGUUUAAAAAACAACAACCAAAACCCAUGUAAGGCAUUGGUUUUCCCUUUGAUUUAGUGAUCCUUAUGACUUAUGAUUUUCUUUAAUACUUCCCCCCCCCAAAAAAAACCACCCCCCUCCAAAAAAAAAACACCCCAACCUUUCUGCACCAGUGUAUCCAGCUUAUUUUCUUUCUUUCUUUUGAAAUGUUAUAUAUACUUACUUUUAGAAAACCAAGACAGACAUAAAAAUUUGAGAUGCAUUGUUGCUGUAUAAUUACUACUGCAUUGUAGUAACUUGGCUUGCAUGUUAGGUUUUUUUAAUGUAUAGCUAUGGAAAAUGUUAGUUUUAAUGUGAACAAUUUAAAAAAAGAACUCGACAAAGAAAUCUGAAUACGUGGCCAAGCAAUAAAAGUGAAGUUCUAGGGAGAAUUUGUUUCCUAAGUAAUUUACAUUUUAAAGAGGAAAGCCAAUAAUUUGGGGCACAGGGGAACGAUUGAAGAAGAGGAGUAGAUUUUCAAACACAGCUCUCUAGACUUCUAGGGAACAUACCCAGCAAGCAGCUGUUAAAAUAUUCUUUGAUCUUUUUCUUGUGUGUGAUGAGAACCAGGCCUAGAAAAUCAGAUCCAUAUGCCUUCUCAUCUAGGAGUACAAAAGAAGAUGUGAGUUUCUUCAUGGAGGACCAAACUAGGACUGGAUAGCAGUCAAUAAAGGCAAUUAUGUCAGUUACUGUAUGCCACCUCUGUUUUGGGUGAUGUUUUGGGUGAUUUUUGCACAUGAAAUAUUCUCCCUAGUUUGGAAAAAGGCAAGUUUUUAAAUGUUACUGAAAUUCAGUAAGAGAAGCAAGAAGCAAGAUAAGCAAACAUGAACUGAAUGUCUGCACACUUACCGUAUCUGGAAAAGGAAUGAUAUCCAGAUUGAAACAUACUAUACUUAGAGUCAUAGCUUGUAGUUCCCCCUGUAUUUAAGAUACGACCCCUCUUUUUUCUCUUGAAAAAAGUUGUGACACCAUGCAAGACAGCAUUUCACCCUUAUAAAGGAAUGCACAUUGUUGCUUUCAGAAAAAGAUACUGUGGAGAUGUAUACUUUCUUAUAACUAUUUUCCCCUUUUCUCCAAGGUUAACUAUGAAUGUGCAAUUGUAUUCCAGACUAUUGGUAGUCUUCUUGGCCAAUACCGUGUGGACUCGUAAUAUCAGGCCAAUGUAUGAUCAGCCUGAUACAUAUGACUGGUCCUUCUACAGCUUUGAGUGUCCACAAGAAUGCUUCUGCCCUCCUAGUUUCCCAAAUGCCUUAUACUGUGAUAGCAAGGAACUUAAAGAAAUUCCAGCCAUCCCAGCAAGAAUCUGGUAUCUCUACCUCCAAAACAAUCUCAUUGAAACAGUUACAGGGAAAUCUUUUGUGAAUGCCACACAACUAAAAUGGAUAAAUCUGAACAACAACAAAAUUACCAGCAAUGGAAUUGAAAAGGGUGUAUUCGGCAACUUGAAAAAUCUGCUCUACUUAUUUCUUGAGAAUAAUGAGUUAGAAGAAGUGCCUGCUCCAUUGCCAUUGAGUUUAGAGCAGCUGCGUUUGGCAAGAAACAAAAUCACUACAAUCCCCGCAGGGGUCUUCAACAAUAUGGAAAACCUCACUGCGCUAGAUCUACAUCAAAACAAACUGUUGGACAGUACUCUCUCAAGUGACACCUUCCAAGGACUUAACAGCCUCAUGCUACUCAACAUCGCUCAAAAUUCACUUACAAAAAUGCCACCAACCCCUCCAGCUAAUGUAAUACAGCUGUUUUUGGACAAUAACUCCAUUGAAGCAAUACCAGAAAAUUAUUUUGAUGCAACGCUCAAACUGAUUUUCCUUCGACUGAACAACAAUAAGUUAACCGAUAAAGGUCUACCAUCCAAAAUAUUUAACAUUUCAUCUCUUCUUGACCUUCAGCUAUCUUACAAUGAACUCACCAAAAUCCCAUCUAUCAAUGUUCACCUCGAGCACCUUUAUCUUGACAACAACAGGAUCGACAGUAAGUGCAUAUCAGCAAUCUCAGACAGAAGUUUUUCCACAGAAAUACCCCUCCCCCACACUCCUCCCAUUUAUAGCACAAAUGUUGCAAUGCUGUGCACACAUGCCCAUGCACACACACAUGCAUUCACAAGUCCAAAAGUGUAUAGGUAUUAGAAGCAACAAGAAACCAGACCAGCUCUGGUUUAAUGAGAACCUAUUGUAUUUCAGAAAUACAAGUUCUGUACAUUUGAUCUAAACUGUAAAUUCCAUUGGCUAGCAACUAAGCCCUAUUUUGUCUAACCUCAGUUUUUGAACAUAAUCCAUUCCGGAGGUCUGCUUGACUUCCAAAAUGUUUGAAAACCGAGGACCAAAGGUCUGUCAGCAAAUUCAAUGGGGAAACUUGAGAAAUGCGCCUCGGAAGCCAUUCGACUUCCAAGGCGUGUUCGAAAAUGGAAGCAUUCACUUCUGGACUUUUGGCAUUCAGCAUUCAUAUUUGUGAUCACAUAUAAUGGGAUGAGGAUCAAGUACAAGGAACAUAGGGUCAGCUCCCACAAAACAAAUUCUGGCACAUGGUUAGAGAUCCAAAGUAAAAUGUAGAUGGGUCUUAUUAACUGGAGGAGCGCACAGAAUGCUCUGUUCACCUAAGACAAUAUUGCAGACUCUGUGGCCCAUAGCUUAACUUCAUGUGGCUAUGGAAGCCCACAGGCAGAGGAGGAGGAGGAGGAGGAGGAGGAGGAGGAGGAGGAGGAGGAUUGAGCUGGGGGAACAGCCAAAGUGAUGGAUUCACACAAUAAUGAUUUAUAAUUCACAAUAGAUUGCCGCAGAAGGAAUAUACAUGUUAACAGAAGAAUGGUCCCCAUCCCUGACCUAAGGUACACAGAUAUUUUGUGUGCUGGCAGAUCCCUUACCAUUAAGCAAACCAUCCAAGCAUGAUACUGGGCCAACAAAGAUCAGCUUAAUGCAAACCAGACUGCAAUUGCAUCACAAGAAUAAAACAGAAACAAUUAGUGCAUACCAUAAGCUGCUGAGCCUAACCACAAAUCACACAUCGAGUCACAUUAUCACACACAUGCAUGAUAGCACAACAGAAUUAGGCAUUGCUUCCAAAAACAAUUUACCCAUUUUACAGAUGGGAAACACUAAGAGCUUCUAGUUCAAAGAACAAUCACGCUAGAAAAUUCAAAUCCCAGGCAAAUCAAAAUUACUAGACACCACUCCUCACAAGGAGUGAAGAAGAUACUGCCAAGUUUUAAGAGGGAACAUGCAGCCUCAUCACCUGGUGACUGCUGAGCAGCAGCCACUUUUAAUUUGCUCUGUUACCUUUCUCAUCUUCCAUGAUAAAAAAAUAGAAGGAAACAAAUGCUGAACUGUGAUUCCUCUGGCUUCCCAACAAGUCCUGAGUUUUUUGUGGGGAGGGAAGACAAUGCACUUUUCUUAUGCUCUUGUUUUUUUUGUUUUGUUUUAGGUAUUAAUGGAACCCAAAUAUGUCCAGUUCCUAUCCCAGGGGAUCAUGUCUAUGAGAGGAACUUACCACGACUCCGCUAUCUCCGCCUGGAUGGCAAUGAAAUCAAACCUCCAAUUCCAUUUGACCUCAUGUUAUGCUUCCGACUUCUUCAUGCUGUUGUUAUUUAAGGACAGCUUAGUGUUACCAUUAUUGCGUUAGUAAACAGGUUUUGCUGGCAUUAAACUUGUUAGAACUUCCAGGUGUUUUUCGAUCAAUUAUACUGUCCCCCCAUGGAGUUUCAUUUUUAAUUGUUAGUGUUUCAUCACUUCUUUUUCUUUCUCAAAAAUACUCUCUUGGUACAGCCAACCUGUCCCAAUUAUUUUAAAUGUCACUCUAUUAAGACGAUGCUUUUGCUACUCAAAUGUAUUAUCUAGCUGUGGGUUCCAUAAAAGUUUUGGCAUUCUUCUUCUACACAUUCCAUACAUAUUGGCCUGCAGAUUCAGGUGUAGUACAUUUCACAUAUUAAGCAAAAGUAGAAUAUAUAAUUGCUUAUUUUGUUAUCUUUUUUUAAAAAAAGAGCAUUGCUGUAGAUGCCAGAUAGCAUGUUUAAUGAUAAAAAUAAGUAGCAGAAAUCUCUUUCCCACCCUCUUCAUUCACGGAAAUUGUUAUAUUGAAUACAUUAACAGCUGCAACACUGCUUCAUUUUGUUAAAAUGGGGCCAAAUAUCUCUCUUUACAAAAAUGAACAUGUAAAAUCGUACAGUUCAGAAGCUCCAUAUGCAUGGAGCAUGGCUUUCCACCAGCAGUGAUGUUUACACAUGUACUUUCUUACUUGUACUAUUCCCUCAUGAUAUACCAGCAGAAUUGCCAGUAAAUUCCACCUGUAAGAAAUUUCAAGGUAUACCUUAGCAAACCAUCUAAGGAAUUUUGAGGGAAGAGUUAUAAGAAGAUGAAUGCAAGUUAUGUACAUCCCUAAAACACUAACAUUGCUACAAACACAUUUCAUUUAUCAUUGCACAUGAACAGCAGAAGCAGCCUUAGGUAUCUGUUUAUUGAAAAAGUGCACAAAGGUAUCUGCAAAAAAUGCUUUUGUUAGGAGAAAGGCACAUGAACUGUGUUAAAAUUUUUGUGCAGGCUUUAUUUAACCAAAUGUAAACUGGCAUAGAAAUGGAGCAAACUGAACUUAAAAUUGGAAAAAUGAGAAAGGGGAACUGAAAUUGACAAAUCUGUUCAUCUCUACUUGGUGAAUGUUAUCUUUACCUUCCGAAAAAGUGGAUUUGCAUGCUAAAUUAUACAUAACUAGAGCCACAGUAG